AUGUUCCGUCGAUCCGUCAAAAUGAACCAAACUGUUCCUCGCAGCCAUCCUGCAGGCGACGCUCCCGAGGGCGAUUCCUGCAAGCCAGGUGUCGAUACACUCAAGGCGACGUCCCGUGAGCAACACUGCGCAAGUGGACUUUCGAUGGAAACGCCUGCUGUCCUGGAGCGAGGUCUUUCCGACGCGGAAAACGUCGUUCCACUCACUUCCCAGGAGCCUGCAUCGGCGCUGUCGUCUGCCAUCUCCACGGCGGUCGACGGUUGGGGAGACUGGACCGCGGCGAAUUCCGUCGGCCGCCUCAAAACGCCUGUCAGUCCCGCGGCCGCGCCAGCCUCGCUGUGUCGCGCGGAUGUCAGUGAAUUUUUUUCGGACGCCGGAGGGGCGCUCAAAAGCGAUCAAGCGCCUCCUUUGUCCAGCCUCGCCGAAACUCUUGCAGCGGCGAAGAAGUCGGCGGCGCCCAAACCGUCCCGCGGGGAAAAAACUGUCGCGGCACAUCCCGCGCAGUCCCCUGCAGCCGAGAGAGUGUCUGACGCCAGCGACGGGGCGCAGCCUCUUCCGACGACCGUGAACGAAUCGGUUCUGCUCCCCGCUAUCAAUCUCGCAGAAGCGGCGCUCCCCUCCCAGGUAUCUGUGCAGCCCUCCGCACCGCCGUACUCGCUGUCUCUUCCUCUGGCGCUCCCGCCUUCCCGCAGUCUAGAGUCUGCUGACACGACGCCGACCUCUGCCUUUUCGCCUUCGUCUCUUUCGCGCCUCGGUCUCUCUCCGUCUUCAUUGCUUCUCCUGCGCAGCCUCACGCCCGAACAGCAGCUGGCGGCACUUUCAACGGCGACUCGCGCGGGGACCUGGCAGACCGCCUCCCCCUCGCUCGGCCCCGCGAACCUCGACUUCCACUCCAGGACCCCUGAGAGGGCGUCGGAGGCCGGCGACAGUCCAUUCCGGGCCGACUCUGCCUCAUUUGGCUGCAGCAGCUACACCCGGUCGUCUUCGACGCUGUCGCUGUCUCCGGAGUCUGCGGCGAAACGUCGAAAGACGGUCGAGUGCGAGUCCAAGUCGGCGACUCCUUUUCCCGAAGGUGUUUCGUCUCCACGCGCGUUGCUGGAUCUUCUGACGCGCUCGCUCGCGCCCUCUUCACUCGUCUCCAGUGCAGCUUCAUCCGUCUCCAACUCAGGUUCGGCCGCUGUCUCGGCUUCUGCUGAGGGCGAAGCUGUUUCUCUCGCCUCACUUUCUCCCGCCUCGCUUUCCCCCGCCCUGCUGUCCCGACUCACUACCGCGUUCGAAGCGCCUCCCGCUGCUGCUUCCUGCGACUCUGUGUCGGCCGUCCUGCAGCAGCUGGAGGCGGCCGCGCUCCUCGCCUCUGUCUCCGCGACCCCCGCGCCGCGUCCAGCUUCUGCGGACCUUCAUGCACCGUCUCCACUCCCCUCGUCGACUCGCCGCGACGCCCCGGCCUCGCUUUCUGCCCGAUGCGCGGCCGCGCUCGCCUCCGACGAAAAAUCUCCACGCGCCUCUGCUGCGCUGGACGUCGCGGCGGCGCUGGCGGUGCUCCAGCAGCACCCGAGUCUGCUCGCGAGUCUGCGCGCGACGCCGAGUCAGCCGCACCGCGAAGCCGCUUCUCCGCGACAGGAGGCAGGGCGUUCGUCGUGCCUGGCGCAUGCAGAGCAGAAGCUCGGCAGCUGCACCGGGACGGAGGCUCCGGACGGCUCCACGCCUCGCGCGAGAGGCAAAGGCCGACAAGCCGAGAAGGCCCGCGCCCGCGCGACCAGCAAGGUGCCGGCCGGUGUGGAGACCCCCGAAGGAGAGGCCGAGGAUUUUGCAAGCCGCGCAAGGCGGUGCGAACAUGUUCCCGGCGUCUGUUUCGACCGCUGGAACCAGGGGUGGAUCGCGACGUGGCGGGAGCGCCGACAUCCCGUCCACAAGCAUUUCUCCGCGAAAAAGUACGGAUUUGAAAAGGCGCGCGAACUCGCGAUUGAGCACCGGCGCCUGAUGGUCGAGAAGCAGCGGCAAGACGGGGCAACUCCCGCCACACGGACGCCCAGAGGGAAUCCGGGAAACGCUUUUCCAACUUCUCGGAAAGAUGAGGAACACACCACGCUGACCCCCGUGAAACCGAGAGCCAGUCCCACAGCGGGAAGCCCCCGACGAGCGCGCGGACUCGCCGGGUGUACAGAAAACGGAGGCGAGACGGCUGGGGGGUCUGCGCGACGGGGGAAAUUCGCGAGCGCCGCAGCCUCGGCGCGAGCGCUCUGCGUCGCGGACAACUCAGUGGGGAAGCGCGAGAUGAGUUGGGCGGAACUCGUAGCACAGAUGCCCAGAGUCGAACGCGUUAGCUUCGACUUCACGAACCAAAGCUGGAUUGCCCAGUGGAAGCAGCAGGGGUCCACGACGUACCGGCGUUUCUCGGUCUCCAAGUUCGGUUUCUACGGAGCCCACCGUCUCGCGGUCGAGUUCAAGCAACAGAACUACCGCCAGCUGCCUGCUCAGAAGGCUGCGAGUCCGGACGCCGCGCCGCUCACUGCGGUGUGUGUACAGCGGAGUGAGUCGGCCGAGGAGGAGGUUGCGACUCCGGGCGGGGGUUCGAAGCGCGCAGCGUCUCACGUCGAGCGAGGGCGGCGACUUCCUCGCGGUGUACAGACCCCGCCGCGAGCCGCGAGUCUGAAGGUUGAGGCCAAUCGGGUGAGUCCACGCAGUGCCGUCUUUGCUACUGCGCCUGCAGGCGCUGCCUUUCCGAAAAGCCUGGCACCCGAAGCGGCACAGUCCGCAGGGAACAGCUGGGAAGCGGGGAUGCUCGACGUGCCUCCUGUGGCUGCCUCGCUCUUCGGUCUCUCCCCCGCUUCCCUCCAAGCCUUCUCGCCAGUCCACGGCCUCUCUGGCGAGGCGACAGCUCUCAACACCAACUUCGAGGAUUCCACAGGGGAAACUGGAAGCACACAGGUGCCGAGCGGCGCAGAGUCUCCGGUCGCAGAAGUUCUAUCGUUCGGUAGCACCUUGAGAAAUCCGUGUCUCUACUCGCCUGUUUCUGCGGAAACAACGACGACCGCAGCGGGAGACACGGCGCACCGUCUCGCGGCGCGCGCAGCUGCUUCUUCGGUGUGCUCUCGGUCUCUGCCUCUGGCGACCGGCUCCGCGGCCGAGGCUCCUGUCUUGCUGCCCUCCAAGCUCAGCGACCUUCCCGCGCUGGCGCCUGAGUCUUGCGCUUCGCGGAUCGCGUCUGGCCAAGACAACGCGCAGGCGGAACCUCUCGCGUCUCAGGUUCAUCUGACUGACCUCGGCUGCGAAACGGACGCCUCCAUCGCCGUGCAGGACGCCCUGCCUUCGCGUCUUCCGCUCAGCGCCUCUCUGGCGCGGCCUUGCCCUGGAGCCCGUGGAGAUGAACACACACAACAGACAGACGAGGGAGACGGGGGGGGAGAGGGAACCGAGCGCGCAGGCGAGAAGGAGACUCCCGAGAGCGCCGGCCUCCAGUCCUGGCCCGGCGCAUGCAGCUUGGCGGGGGCUCUCGCGGCGAAGAACGCAGGAGCACAUGCACCAGGUUUCGAGGAAAGAGGCCAGAUGCAGAUCGAUGGAGGCGCUCGCGACACAGCCACACGCGUUGCAAGUUCCACGACAACGACGUCGCCCCAUGAUGAAGAAGCAUCGGCGGCGCCAGGCGGGACGGGUGCCAGCAACGCCUUCGCAGCUCCCGAGGCUUUUCAAACGCGUUCCUCUUCUCGGCCUUCGCCUCCUCCUCGCCCUGACCUGUCGUCUCUCGCCUCUUCUGGAGCCCCCGAACAGCAUGCAGUUUCCUCAGUUCCUGAGCAAAAGUCGGCGACCGAAGCUGGCGUCUUGCCUCUGUACAAAAUUGCUCUCUGCUGCUUGCUGACGGACCUCAAAAUCAACUGUCGAGACAGCUUGCUCGUCUCUCGCGCUCACGCGCCGUCGCUCCCGGGGUACCUUGACCUCGUGGAGGCCCUCCAGCAACGCGUCGCUGCCGCGGCCGAGCUGAAGGAUGUCGCGGCGCUCUGCAGUGUGUUUUCUGGAUUUCUGAGAAACUCUCUUCUCCCCAGUUCCUGCUCACCAGACGUCCAGGUCCGACUUCUCCACGCGCUCGCAGAAGUUGGCCUCGACCAGAGGCGCGAGUAG